ACUUGCUCUGUUUCCUCUUCUUCUUCUUCUUCUGCUCUGUUCUGCUCGCGCUUCCUCUGCUUCAUCAAUGGGAAUGAGGAGGCAGAGCAAGAUGAUUCAAAGCAGCCCGGUGCUGAAGCAGAUACUGAGGCGGUGCUCGAGCUUGAAGGGGCGGGAUAUGGAGGAGGAGGAGGAGCGGCGGCCGCCAGCGGACGUGCCCAAGGGCCACUUCGCGGUGUACGUAGUGGGGGAGCAGCGCCGGAGCCGCUUCGUCGUGCCCAUCUCCUCUCUGGAGCACCCUGAGUUCCAGAGGCUGCUCCGGUUGGCGGAGGAGGAGUUCGGCUUCGAACACCGCGAUGGCCUCACGGUCCCCUGCGACGAGGUCGCCUUCCGCUCCCUCCUCGCCUCGGCGAUCGCCGGGAAAUGACGGGCUGUAGUUCGAUUUCGUGGGAUUAAUUUGUUGAAUUGUGAGUAUUUACAAGGGCCGAAUUGUUAAAAAAACGACAUAAAUGUGAACCUCGUUAUUAUGGA